AUGGGGGAGGGAGCGCAGAUUCUGAAAAAGAGCCUGGGCCCCGGGUGGACCACCAGCCGCUUCAGAAUCCCGGGGAGGAGCCGCGGGGAGCGCUGGGAGCAGACCCGGGUGCCCCGAGGACGCGGGCAGAAGCCACGGGACGGCAGGGGGAAACUGAGGCCGCGGAACGGGCCGAUGGGCUGCCUGGGGGGCGGCGCCUCCCGACCCCCCACGGAAGGGUCCGGUCCAGGGAGCCCAGGGGGUUCCGGGCUGGCUGGGCCUCCUCACGGGGCGGCUCGGGCUUCCCCCUCCCUCUGGCGAGCCUGGCGGUGGCGGGGACGGGACAGAGAAGCCUCCCCAGUGGGGGCCUCGGAGGCCCCUUCCCGCCCCCCCACGGGUGCCAGGCUCAGGAACCCGGCCUGCGCCGGGAGCGAUUAUCAUAAUGACUCAGGACGCGAGGAGGAUCCCGCUAAUGACCGGAGCUGCCAUUAG